AUGAGCCACCAGCAGCAUCGCCGGCAACAUCACAGCGGCCGGCAAGGCGAAAAAAGCGGGCGUCAGAUCCACCAGGAAAACUCCCAGCAGCAAGCAGAAAGCGCACGCGCGGCCGCCUUCCCGGUUUCUAUAGCUGACGGUCGCCGGUUCCACAACCUGCUAGCCGACUAUGACCCCUCCCAGGCUGCUGUAGCGCAAGUGGAACGAAGGGCUCGGGAGUUAGGGGUCCCUGCAGGCGGAGUGACUGUAACGGGGGAAGGCGGAGUGAAUGUAACGGGGAAAACAGGAGUGACUGUAACAGGGAAAGGGCGGGGAGAAGAGAGCAGGGUGGGUUCGUCGCUGCCAGGUGUCGGGCCGUCAUUGGCUGUUCCGUCUGAGGAGGAGUUUUCUGCGAGCGGGUUUGGAGCUGAAAGAUCAGGGAACAGCCUGGGUGUGCUUCAGAACCUCUGUUAUCUCAUCCCUCUUCCUCCUAUCCUUGCCCUCAUCCGUGCCUCGCUAACACAGACAGUGCAAGCCACGUGGACGAACGGAACUCCAGCGCCCAGGAUAGUGCAAGCCACAUGGACGAACGGAGCGCCAGCUCGCAGGGUGCGGGACCCGUUCCUCUAUGUGGGCCUGCUGGGGACAGCGUGGGUGUGCUUCAGAGCAUAUCAGGCCACAGGCGAUGUUUCUGACCUGGCACUUGCUGCGGACAUCAUCCGGGCUGCUGCUGACAUGGCGGAACGCCAUCGAACGAAUCUUCUUCCUUUGUCUCUCGCCCGCCCCAUUGCUGCUGCCAUUGUGGAAGCGGGGCUGUCCCUUGCGUCGACGUAUGCUCAUGAUGGAAGUCCCCUCCCGCCUCUCAUGUACGAGUGGUACGGCACUCGGUACCUGGGGGCAGCACACGGCGUGGCAGGGAUAGUACACGUGCUGCUGCUGCUACGGAGAGAAGAACUGGAGGAGGAGGCGGAACUGGAGGAAGUGGGGAAGGAGAGGGGUGCAACAGCAGGCGUCAGGGAAGCAGCAGUGCUAGGAGGCAGUGCGAGGGAAAGGGGAGACUGGACACUGGAGGAGGCAGCAGAAGCAGCAGCAGCAGCGCUGGAAUACCUAGUGGCCACUCGCCUGCCUUCCGGGAACUAUGCUGCGAGCGAUGAGGAGAGCCGAGCGGCUGCUGCUGCAGUCAGAAACACACUCAAACGAGAAAGCAGUGCUGCUGCUGCUGCUGCUAGGGGUAUCGCGGGUGGGGGUGGAAGCACGGGCGAGGGAGAGGUGAGGGGGGUGCAAGAGGCAGAUCGGUUGGUGCACUGGUGCCACGGAACCCCUGGUGUGGCUCCCACUCUCGCCCAUGCUGCUAUGGUGGGCCCCUUAGCUCAUGCGUCUGAAGUGAUUAGACCUCGAUCUGUUGGCACUCAGUCCGUUCUUUUGGCCAUGAACCGCUCAAUUCCAGAGCUCAUCCUUUCCUCUGCCCUUAAUGCCCUCUCCUCCUUACACCAGCUGUUUCCGUCCAAGCCCCAGUUGCUGCAAGCAGCCAUCGAGGCAGGAGAGGUUGUUUGGCACCGAGGCUUGCUACGCAGGGUCGGUCUCUGCCAUGGCAUCAGCGGCAACGCCUACACUUUCCUGGCUCUCCACCGAGCCACAACUGCAGGCUCGGCAACCGUCCCUGCCCCAGGUUUGGGAUCAGCUGCUGCCGAGGGCGCUGGAGCUUCUAUGGCUGCCACUUCAGCAUCGCCCGGAGCUCAGACAGCAGGAGACAAUGACACAUCAGCGCUGAUGACACGUCACCUGCACAGAGCACGCGCAUUUGCUGGCUUCCUGCAUGCCAACUGGCGCCAGCUGGCGGAGGCAGGCACCCUGCACUGCGGGGAUCACCCGUUCUCCCUCAUGGAAGGUCUGGGUGGCCCUGCUUGUCUGUUUCUGGACAUGAGCCGACCCAAUGAAGCAAGGUUUCCAGGGUACGAGCUGUAG